AUGAAUCCCUACAUUAGCUGGGCGAUCUUGCUCGUUGUGGCAGGUGGCCUUGGCUGGUACUACACCAAUGGCACAACCCCCAAAGCAAACGUGAUUCGAGCUGCCGUGGACAAGACCGAGGCCACUGUGGCAACCAAAAAGUCAAAGCGUAAGUCUAAGCCUGCUCCCGAGCCGGUUGCCGCCAAGAAAUCCGAGGUGAAGACCGUCGUGUCGCCCCCCACCACCGAGGACGAGAAGCCGGACGAGGAAAUCGACCGCAAGGAGAUGGCCCGCCGCAUGGCCGGCCUCAAGACCAUCGCUCCUGCUCAGCCCGCUCCUGCCAAGCCCGCUCCCACCAAGGGCCAGAAGAAGAACAAGAAGAAGGCUGCGCAGCUCGAGACCAGCGACACCCGUGCCUCCUCAACUACUGGUGCUGAGGCUGACGACGAUCUGUCUCCCGCCGCCUCUCCCGCAGUGAAAGCCACUGUCCCCUCGGCCGGAUAUGUUUCCGACAUGCUGGAAGCCCCCGCCCCCGGUGCAUCUGUGCUCCGCGUCACUGGCAAUGUUGAGAGCCAGCCCAAGAAGCAGAAGGCUCAGACUUUCAAAGAGGUGGAGACCAAGAAGCAGCGUCAGCAGCGUCUCAAGAAUGAGGCCCGCAAGCAGCAAGUUCAGGAGGCCGAAGUUGAGCGCAAGAAGCUGCUUGAGAAGCAGUUGCACACCGCUCGCGAGUCCGAGCGCCGCGAGGCUGCCAGAUCAACCGCGCCUGCUACAAACGCUUGGCAAACCAAGGAGAGCACUGCCCCAGUGAAGACCAGCGUGGUCAAUGGGGGAUCUCGCCCCGCACCCGUUGUCCCUGCCACUUCCGCCUCCCAGGGCCUCCUGGACACCUUCGAGUCCCCUGCAGCCCCUGCUCCUACUAAGUGGGCCCAGAAUCUUCCCUCGGAGGAGGAGCAGAUGCGCCUUUUGGGAGCUGCCAACGGCGAUGACGAAUGGACCACCGUUUCCAAGAAGCAGCCCAAGAAGAAGGGUGGUAGGUCUGACGAGAGUGUCAGCGAGACCAGUGCCUCGGAGAACCAGUCCACCCCUGUUGCCCCUGCCCCUGUUGAGCCUCGUGUGACAGUGACCCCGACCUACCUCCCCGACAUCUUACGCUCGCGUGAGAAGGGUCACCCACUGGACUCUGACUGGGCUGCAUGA